AUGCCGCCCUUUACCAAAUUGCUGCCACUUCUGGUAAGCAUUGCUUCGCUCUCCGAGUCCAAGCCUUUGAGCCACCCAUCAGUUACCUUUGCUCCUUUAACUGGAGCUACGCCCGGAAGCGCCCAGAAUAUUGUCGUUGACUAUGUCGGAGAUGUCGAUGGUGAGCUCACAAUCACAUACGCAGCAUGUGAUGCAGGCGCUUCCAUCGCAUCUACAAAGCAACAUAUCGGCCGAACACAUGUUGGCGCUCAUCCUUUGGCUAAACGCCAUGAAGAACACGAGAAGAGGCGGCCGAACAAGUUUGUCUGGUUAACCCCAGCCGAAAUGGAUGGCGGAUGUCUUCAUGCGUUCCUUGAUGGAGAGCUCAUCGGAAAGUCAGAAGAGCUUGUUGUCAGCAAGCGUCGCACUCGCCGCAGCGAGAAAAAGUCCUUUGUCGAUGUCGCAGGAGUCGACAGUAACUGGUUCGACGGCGUUGCAUACUUGCAGCAGAAGCAGCCAGAUGAGGUAUUUGUAGCCUCAGCUAAAAGUAAAUCCUUCGGUAUCCUCGGAGGAGGAAUAUCUGGGCUCAUGACAUCUCUGUUACUAGACUCUGUUGGCAUACACAACUGGAAAAUCCUCGAGUCAUCUCAGCGUAUCGGUGGCCGCAUUCGUACAGUCUAUCUCAACGGCACUUCUCCGGAUGAAGGCCAAUAUCAUGAGCUUGGACCCAUGCGUUUCCCGUACGAGAUCACUGAUUCCGAGACCAACGAGACGUUUCCUUUCAACGACCAGCGCAUGAUCUUCCAGCUGGCCGAAGCUCUCAAUGAACGUAAUGGUGGUAACAAGGACCUUCUUGUUGACUUUAUCGAAUGGAUCCAAACUUCUCCAAACACUCCCGCUGAUAGUCCCUUCCGUCGUCCCGAUGGAACCAUUCCGGGCAGGACUGAGAUCGCAAAUGAUCCCGCAUAUAAGAACCCAACAACAUAUGGCAAUGCCACUGCUGCCGAGGAGGCUAUUGCUGCCCUUGACGGGUUCAAGGGUCUGGACAAGGAGCGCGUCAAGAUGUACGCCACCAACAUCUUCAAAGCAUACAAGCAGGCCAAAGACGACGGCAUGUUCGACUACUCCGAAGUUGCCUACCUCCGCAACAAGCUGAAGUUCGAUCUCAACACCACCGAUGAGGUCGGUCAAUCCCACAUCUACUGGCCUAUGUGGGAGUACGAGACCGUCUACUUCCUUGCCACCAAAUGGGUAACCAUCAAAGGCGGUCUCUCCAGAAUGCCCGCAGCCUUCGAGCCACUAGUCAAGGACAAAGUCCAAUACGGUACCAAGAUCAACGGCCUCCACUGGAACGACAACAACAAAACAAUGUCCGUAUCCUGGAAGCCAACCGGAGCCGACGCCUUUUCAACACCAGACAACAUUGAAAACUUCGACUACGUUCUCAACAGCGUACCCCUGAACCUCAUGAAAUUCUGGCAUCUCCCCCGCUACUCCAGCCUCCUCAAACGCGCCAUCGACCGCACCCUCUUCGCCAACGCCUGCAAAGUCGCCGUGCAGUUCAAAACACGUUUCUGGGAGCACCUCCCGCAGCCCAUCAUCGGCGGGUGCACACGUCUGUACCAACCCCAACUCGGACAAAUCUGCUACCCGUCCUGGCAAAUCAACGCCACAGGCCCCGGCACCAUGCUCGCCUCCUACCUCUCCGACUACGAAGCGACCGUCGCCUGUGCCAUGCCCGAAGCCGAGCACAUGGCCUACAUCAAACGCGCCUUUAUCGAAAUGCACGGCCAAGACGUGAUUGAGGAGAAUUGGACGGGCAACUAUGCGCGACAGUGUUGGGAGCAGGAUGAGCAUCAGGCUGGGGCUUUUACCAUGCAGAUUUUUGGACAGCAGCAUUUGUAUCUUCCGGCUUUUUACCAGACAGAGUACAAUACUGUUUUUAUUGGGGAGGCGGCGACGUUUACGCAUACGUGGAUUUUUAGUGCGUUGGAGAGUGCGACGAGGGGGACUGUGCAGGUCUUGCUUGAUAUGGGGCUUGUGGAGGAGGCGAAGCAGAUUACGGAGACUUGGAUGGCGAGGUUUAUUACUGUUUAG